CGCCAAAACUCCUUGCCAAGAAUGAAUGUUCUUCGUCUGGCCUUCUGGCGGAAGCCUCUGCAUCUAGAGACGUCCUCUCACUCCGUGCAGGAAUCCGAAAAUGCACCGGAGAUGGAGCGUACGCUCGGGCUCUUCGACCUCAUCAUGAUCGGCAUCGGAGGCACCGUCGGCUCCGGCGUCUUCGCCACUGCGGGGCUCAUCGCCAGCAGUUACGCGGGUCCAGCCGCCACUUUAUCCUGGUUAUUAGCCGGUAUCGGCUGCCUAUUGAGCGGCUUGAGCUUCAUGGAGCUCGCGUGUCUGAUCCCCAGCGCUGGCAGCACCUACGCGUACGCUUACCACGCUCUAGGAGAGCUCCCAGCACUUGUCGCUGGAUUCUUAUUAACACUCGAGUACGGCGUCUCCAGUGCCGGUGGAGCUCGCAGUUGGAGCGACAAAUUAACUCAGUGGAUGGACUCCCAAUUAGGAGUGCAAGGUCCCGACUGGAUGAAGCCCAAAGACUCCGUUGUCGACCUGUAUGCGGGGUUGUUAAUGGCCGGUAGCACUGCUAUCGUCCUUUGUGGCAUGCAGGCCGGGAAACUGGUGGUCAAUGUGGUGACUAUGACGAAGAUCACGGUCGUCACGUUCAUUAUCGUAUUUGGAUUGGCGAAUUUUGAUCUCGACAAAAUUUCUCCUUUUGUACCUGAUCAAAGUGUCGUCGAAGUGAACGGCAAAGAAACUGUAGCGUUCGGGUGGCCUGGAGUGCUACUAGGAGCGAGUGCGAGUUUCUAUGGCUACAUUGGAUACGACGAGGUGUGUUGUCUUGCUGGAGAGGCUAAAGAUCCCGCGAGGAACAUCCCUCGAGCCGUUGUAGGUACGAUCAUUGGAGCAGCGACGUUGAGUAUCUUAGCGACUUUUGCUCUUGUGGGGAUGCAGAAGUACACGGAGAUUGACGCAGAGGAGUCUUAUGGCAAUGCAUUCACCAGUGUCGGGAUGGAUUGGGCAGCGUCUUUUGUAGCUACGGGGGAGGUUCUUACCAUGCCGAUCACGUCGUUUAUUGGGUUUAUGGCCCAACCACGCGUGCAGUACGCGAUGGCGAAGGAUGGAUUGCUACCAGCUGCAUUCGCUGAGGUGGAUUCUAAAGGGAAUCUCUUCCGUGGAACGCUACUAUGCGGUAUUGGCGUCACCUUACUCGCAAUUUGUGUGCCUUUCCAUGUGCUUUGGAACUUUAUUUCACUCGGUAUCCUGGUCGCGUUCAACCUUACAAACAGUUCACUACUGUUGGUUCGUGUUUCUAGCUCCAAGACAGAGGGAAGUGAAGCAGAAGGAGCAUCGAAACAAUCGCAGGGGGCUAUGAUUGCUGGGUAUCUCGUGUCUUCUUUCAUUGCUGCCUUCCACUGGCAAAAAGGUGUGGUCGCGAGUGUGCCGCUGUCCGCGACGGAUUUGUCAAUGUUCGACAGCUACAUGAGCACGUUGGGACCGUUCGUUGCUGCUCUCUUCACAGUGAUCGCCAUUGCGCUCAUGUUUGCUUUGAGUGACGCUGAAAAGAAGCAGAUUGUCGCCUCGGCUACAGCAAAGGCGAAGAAUAAAGCACAAAACGGCGCUGUUGAGAUCAUCCUGUCAUCAAAGAAGCAGGAGGACUCUUGUAAAGCAGGCUGUCGCCAUCGAAGCCGCUCCCAAGAAGACGAUGAAAGUGGCAUUAAAGAAGGUGAUACGCUGGAAGCUAAAGAAGACUCUCGUCUUGAAAAGGGAAGUACGCUGUCCAAUGGUGCUACGGUGGAUAGCAGUGAGAGUGACGAAGACAAGAUUGAAUCGUCCAUCAGCAGCCACGAAGACGAGACCGAAGACCAAGUGUCUACUUUCCGAGCACCAUUUGUGCCGUUUGCCCCGUGCGUUGCGAUCUUCUUCAACUGGUUCCUGUUCGCCCAAAUGGACGGCUUGAGUGUGCUGCUUAUCCUGGUGUGGCUGAUGCUAGCUGUGGUCGUCUACUUCAGCUACAGUCGCUUUCACAGCCUCGCCUUCCAGCAGACGCAAUACCGCCAGCUCGCACAGCACUAAAAGGUCGAAGGUAACACAAGAACAGACAAGCAUCAAGUCAAGUGUAUCCAUAAGCGAAAAUACCUCCGUCCUCUUAAGGUUGGGCAAGUUAAAGUCCACCUGUUGAGCUGCUGUUGCCGGGCCACAUGAAGCGUGUUGCGUUCCUGGAGCGUACGGAAGCAGUCCUGUGUGAGGUCUUCGUAGUCGACCUCUCUGGACGUGGAGUCAAUGUAUUCCUUCAAGUGGAAAAUAUUCUGCUCGUGGUGACGCAGCUUCUGCUCCAGUGCAUCCAAGUCUCUUGUUGAGCUAAUGGCAUAAUUUAUUGUACGUUCAAACCUACACAGCUAGAAAAAACUCAAAGGCCUCUACCUUUCAUCAAGUUUCUUGCUGUUUAAACAU